GUCUGUAAAUAUUACAAUUUUCAUUAUUUUAUUGUUUUUCUGGGCUUUUAACUUAAACGCAAAUUGUGCCAUAACAAUUGCUAUAACCAUCAUGAGCUAUUCUCCAUCAACACAGCCGAACGCUACCAAGCCAGAUUGGCUGAGUCGAAUCGAAAAUAUGAAAGUCAACCGUAAAGACAUGAACAAACUUAUAAUGAACUAUCUGGUGUCUGAAGGAUUCAAAGAAGCAGCAGAAAAAUUCGAACAAGAAGCUGGUAUUAGUUCUCCCCUUAAAUUAAAUACGUUGGGAAACCGGAUUAAAGUGAUCGAGUCUGUACAGUCAGGAAAAAUGCAAGAAGCUAUUACACUUAUCAAUCAAUUAUACCCAGGUCUACUAGAUGACGAUCGUGAUUUAUACUUUCAUUUACAGCAACUGCAUCUAAUUGAACUUAUCAAAGAAGGUAACAUAGAAGAAGCUCUUGUAUUCGCCCAAGCUAAGCUAUCAGAAGUAGGAGAGGGUAAUCCUACUAUACUUACAGAACUAGAAAGAACACUUGCAUUAUUAGCAUUCGAAGAGCCUCAAAAGAGCCCAUUUGCUGACCUUCUUCAGACUACACAUAGACAAAAAGUAUCUAGUGAGCUGAAUGCAGCUAUUUUGAGAUUUCAUAAUCAACCAACUAUUACACCUAAACUUUACAAUCUUAUGAAGCUAAUAAUGUGGGCCCAAGAUGAGUUGGAUAGGAAAAAAGUUAAGUUCCCCCACAUGACAGAUUUUGGUUCAGCUACAUUGGAACCUCCUAAAUGACGCACAGUUAAUGAGUACGACGACGUGUGUUGUGACUCUUUUUGGCUGUUUGAACAUAAGGAUUAAAUUUUGAUUAUUGUUUUUUUUUUUUAAUAUUAAUUAUUCAUAACUACUUUCCUAAUAAUAUUAAAUUUAAUUUCAAUAUUAUUAAUUAUUAUUAUUU